AUGAUUGCAAACUUCAUUCGAGGAGCAACGUCUCGCUCGUUCUUGUGGCCGAAACCAUUCUAUCGGCCGGUGGUAGCUAGUGAUUCCGAUGAUCAACUCCCUCGAACUACGAAAGAGUUUGGGAGGCUACCAGAGUCGCAAAACCAGCGACGCAGAUUUUGGUUACUCUGCCUUUUGAUCAUUGUCGUUCUACCAGCCACUGUACUUGGGGCAACAUAUCUGGUCAAGACUAACACGGGGAAAAAGGAGUCAUUUAUUCCAACUUUCGAGACCCACGGUGUUAAAUUUGAUCUUCAAGAGCUGUUUGCAAGACCGCCAGAGAAGGAUAGUAAUGCAGCCUGGGACAGCUUGAUUCCCGAAGGUCAUGGCUACGUCCUUGUUCCUGAAGCUGCUGAUCGAUAUGGUCUCCAGCCCGGUAUUCCGACUGACAAAGGAAUAGAUCGCUACUCCGUGACUGUGUUUCACCAACUUCACUGCCUAGGAAUGAUCCGGAUUUUAUUCUACGAGAUGGUAGCAGUUGCCAACAACACCGAUCCCCACCGAUUUUAUCACGGCACGGACAAGGAUACUCAUGAUCCCACCCCGUUCCCUGAUCACGUCAACCAUUGUUUCGAUUAUAUCCGGCAAUCCCUCAUGUGUUCUGGCGAUAUGACCCUCGAGCAUUCGAGAGAACCCCCUCUUGGAGAGAAGCGUACUGAUACUGAUGGCUGGGGUGUUGAGCACCAGUGCAAAGACUGGAACGCUAUGGUGGGAUGGACACUGGAGCACAAGGCGAAUCAUAAUUUGACGGGCAUUCUUGGAUAA